AUGGAAGGAAAAGUCCUCGGUGUCGACCUUGAUCACCCGCUCCGAGUGGUGGACGAUUUUCUAGCUAUUGCCAGUCAAGAUGCAUGUAAGGUGCCAUCACAUUUUGCCCUUGUUCGCUACGAAAAAUACAAAAAUACCGGGAAUAUAGGCGACAUUAAUGACGCUAUCAAAUAUGUGAGGUUAGCAGUACAGUGGACGCCGGAAGGCCACCCUCUCAUGGCUAGCCGGCUUAACAACCUAGGAAUCAUGCUUAUGGGCCGCUACGAAGGGACAGGGGGUAUAUCAGAUCUUGAGGAAGCCAUUGAAGUGACACGACAGGUCAUUACAUUUUCAGAAAAUCAUCCUGAGCUUGCCGGUUUCUUAACCAAUCUUGGGAACCAGCUCGGAUUCCACUACGACAAAACUGGAGAGAUGAAAAGCCUAGAGGAGGCAAUUUCUAUAUCGCGGCGAGCCGUCGAGUUGGACCUCUCUGGCCCGAAUCGUCCAAUGUUAUUAAAUAACUUAUCAAACUGGCUUAGCGAACGGUAUAAAAGGAUCGGAGAGAUACAAGACCUAGAAGUUGCAAUCCGACUAACGAGACAAGCUAUUGAAUUGACACCAGAAGGCCAUCCAGACAAAAGAAGAAUCUGGCUAAGCAACCUUGGAAAUCAACUUGAAAACAGAUAUAUUCGUAUAGGAGAUGUGGCCGACCUUGAAGCCGCCAUCCAAAUAACAAGACAAACCCUCAUGGACACUCCAGAGAGUCGUCCUGAACGGGCAAGAAUCAUGAACGACCUUGGAAAUAAGCUUGAAAGCCGAUAUGAAAGAACUGGAAAUAUGCAAGACAUCGAGGAAGCAAUUCAAUUAGGACGGAUGGCGAUAAAGUCUACUCCAAAUCGCCAUCCUGGCCUACCGCGAAGAUUGAACGAUCUAGCAAAUAAACUUGAGAAUCGAUAUAUGAGAACAGGGGAAAAGCAAGACAUCAACGAGUCUAUCCAGUUAUCACAGAAGGCGGUUAACUUGUGUCCAAAUGACCUUCCUGCUCGGGUAGGCUGGCUUGCUAACCUUGCAAUGAAACUCAAAAAUCGGUAUGAAAGAACGGGCGAGCUACUAGAUCUCAAUAGAGCAAUUCGAGCGGCACGGUCGUCAGUAGAUCGGUCGCCGGACAACCAUCCCGAGCAUGCUGAACACUUGAACAACCUGGCAAACCUACUUGAACGACAAUAUGAAAGAACGGAUGACAUUCGGAGCAUCGAAGAGGCCAUCCAAAUAUCACGGCAGGCUGUGGACCUUACCCCAGAUGAUCAUCCUGACCGAGCAAUAUUCCUAACUAAUCUAGGAAAUAGACUUAGCCACAUUUAUAGGCGAAAUAGAGAAGCCCAAACCUUAGAAGAGGCGAUUUGUUUGACACGGCAAGCCGUUGAGCUGAUUCCAAAGGACGCUUCCAGUCGGCCGAGCUAUUUAAAUAACCUUGGAAAUAAACUCAAGGCUCGAUAUCAAAGUGUGGGUGAUAUACCUGACCUUGACGAGGCUAUCCAACUGAUAGAACAAGCUAUUGACUUGACCCCUGCAAACCAUCCUAAUCAAGUGGCAUAUUUGAUCAAUUUAGGAAAUCAUAUUGAAUGUCGAUAUGAAAGGACACUGCUCAGGCAGGAUCUCGCUAGAGCUUGUGGUAUUUUUUUCAGAGCAUGGAAUUGCCAGAAUGGCAUACCGUUCCAUCGCCUGCGCGCAGCUUCAAGGCUUCUCAAGUUACUCCCACUGCAGGGGGAGUUUGCAAUAGCUGCCCAACUUGCAAAAAGGGCUAUAGAUCAUCUACCCAUCAUUAACAGUAGGUCUCUGGAUCUUCAAGACCGACAGUUUGUUGUUUCUAUGUUUGCCGGUAUAGCGGCCGAUGCCUGCUCGCUAUUUCUGGAUUCGCAAAAGCCUGAUAAAGCGCUUCAAUCUCUUGAAAGUGGCCGGGCAGUCAUUAUCGGCCAGCUGGUGGAUGAUCGGAGUGAUAUUUCGGGAAUCAGCAAGCUGUGCCCGGAGCUUGGUAACUCUUAUAGGAGCCUUCUUGAGGAAGUCAACAAACCCCACGAUGAUGGGGCUCCAGAUUUGGAGCAACAUGUACAGCGACGUCGCACCGCCGUAAAAGAGCUUGACGCAUGCAUUCAGAAAAUUAGGACUCUUCCGGGUUACCAACGCUAUUUACUAAGUCAAAACAUAGCGGAAAUGCAAAAAUGUGCCGCGGAUGGUAAUAUCAUAAUUGUCAAUGUGACCACAAUACGAAGCGACGCAAUCGUUGUUACCUCAACCUCAGUUCGAAUUGUACGACUCCCCAUGAUGGCAGCGUCAGAAGCACAACCUUGGUUGCAGAAGCAAUGGAAUGGCAGCAAAGUGGAACGCGGUAAGAAAAAUAAAGAAUACCUAGGCUACCUGUCAUGGCUAUGGAGAGUAUGCGUCAGCCCAAUUCUGAAACAUAUUAACGGCUUUAUGGAACCUCUAAAAGAAGAGCCCCCCAGAGUAUGGUGGAUUGGAUCUGGCCUUGCCAGCUCGAUGCCAUUCCACGCUGCUGGAGACUACUCUUCGGGGUUGACUGACAAUGCUUAUUAUACAACUUUAUCCUCGUACACACCUUCCAUCAAAGCACUCACCCAUUCAAGAAGUGGAUUAAGCUCCAAGGAUGAUAUUAAUGGUCACUUUCUUAUUGCUACUAUGGGAACUACUCCCGGCCUGGUGAAACUACCCGGAGUUUCAACUGAGAAAGAUGGAGUUGUACAAGCACUUGAUGGUGUUAUUACACCAAAACAACUUACCCAACCUAGCACUGACGAGAUCCUUAAAACGCUAGACGAUUGCGCGUUUGUGCACUUUGCUUGCCAUGGAUACACAGACCAAACAGACCCGUCGAGCAGUGGGCUGAUAUUUCAAAAAAACGAUGGGUCAGAUUUGAAGCAAGAUAUUAUGACAGUACGGGACCUUUCGAAAAUAAAUCUCAAGAACGCUCGAAUUGCUUAUCUUUCUGCAUGCUCGACUGCCGAGAACAGAGUGGCGAAACUGAUAGAUGAAGAAAUUCAUGUAGUCACCGGUUUUCAGGUUGCUGGGUUCAGACAUGUUAUCGGAUGUUUGUGGCCUUCUAUUGAUAGAGUGUGCGCAGAAGUUGCCCGGGGUUUUUACUCGUCCCUCUUCCGUAAUAGAAACACACAGUGGGGAGAUAGAGAUGCCUCGAAAGCACUGCGUGAGAGUGUGAUGGAGGUUUGGACAACAGACCUGAAGAGACCGCUGAAUUGGGCACAAUUCGUUCACUACGGGCCUUGA